AACUAAAAUACAGUAUGUACUUUCCACUAACAAAGUUGAUAGGUAACGAAGCUAUAAUUAGCUCUAUGUUUUGCUUUCCUACCUACCGAAAAUAAACAACAACAUAAGAAAUAUGUGCAUCAGCUAGGGUUCCAUGGUAGAGAGAUGGGACGCACAGGUACUGUUCCCUCCUCUUCGUCCAUAAGUGCACAGAAGGUCUGCUACCUAUAUAAAAUUAUAGACACAUAAUCUAUGUUUGAUAAGAAAGUGUAAUUUCCAAAGGAAUUCAAGCCAGGAUUGGCCUAUUGUAGUAAUAUGGGGCUUCGCUUGCUGAGCGGUCAGAACACAAUUUAUUUAUAGAGCACACCCACAUGAGUACAUCCACGUUAAAAUCGCAAAAUUGUUAAAACUGAGUGCAAUAAAUCCAGUGAUGAAAGAGAGAAGUCGGUCAAUGUUUAUGCUAAUUAAAAUGCAAAGUGGCACUGACACAUUUAAAGUUCACGUGCUUAGCUGAUGACCACGCCGAAGGGUAGUGAUCAAUUAUAGAAAAUGGAGAACACAGACAUGCCAGAUAAGCGGGGAAAAAGAAAAUUUAGAAAGGCACACAAGAAUGCCGGCAAAUAUUAAAAAAUAUAUAUUUGAUCACUUACAUCACGGCGUCCCAUGGGUGUCUUCAUGGGUGGCCUCGACACCUGCACUGGAAGUUUUACACACGACUCCUCGCGGGCUGGUGAGCACUAUAUAUACAUAGGGAGAGGCAGACAGCGAUAACAUUAUCAAAGACUGUGCGGUUACAGUAAGCUCACUUUGGCUCUCUCAGUGGGUACUGAACAACUACGUGCUGAAAAUAAUAAGAACAGUUGACAUCUACGUGCUGGGUGUACGUCCCGUAUUACGACGACGAAGUGUUGCUGUCGUCUGCUUGUGUCUCCAUUCCGCCAUUUGCAAAUUCGACACGAAGUCAGCCACAAUGGCAUCACCAUCAUUAAUCUCUCUUCUAAGUCGUCUUCUCUACGUUCAUCGAGAGAAAAGCGUACAUUGGCAAGGGUGUACGUGACCCCCUGUAGUCGCCUCUGACAUUUGUGACCCUAACCAUUUUUACGUGACGUGCAUCGUCUGACGUGAACGUUUUCUGAAAGGAUCUCCGUUGGACCGGAUCUGCCCAGGGAGAAAGCCUAGGAGAACUCUUCAGAAAAAAAAAACCUUGUGAUUAAGAAAAACAAAUCUUUUCAUCCACCCCAAUAUCGAUGGUGCUGCUGCUGCUGGUAGUGCAGUCAGUUAACUUCCGAACCAGCAACAUUUUUGCAGCCCAGACACGAGAUGCCAGCUCGACUGUUCACAGACGGGAGGGGCGCCAGCCUGGAACUGGAGGAAAUCGAGGGCUGCUGUAUCCUGUUUUCCAACGACCACGUGGAGCAGCAGCUCAAGCAAGUCCGGCGCAUGGACGUGCGUGAUGAUGACGUCAUCCUCUGCACGUACCCGAAGGCUGGCACUCACUGGAUAUGGGAAAUACUGUCCAUGCUAACAAGCGGCACCAGUCUGUACUGCCAAGAAAUGAAGAAGAGUUUUAUGCUUGAAAACGCUGACCUCGCCAACGUGAACUCCCAGCCUUCACCACGCGUGCUCAACACCCACCUGCUGCCCCCGACUCUUCCUGAGACAACGUGGACCAGCCAGGCUCGUCUGGUUGUCUUCCAUCGCAACCCCAAAGACAGCGUGGUCUCUCUGUACAGCAUGGCACGCCAAGUCACCUUCAAGUCGGCCUUUGAGGGCUCCUUUGAUGGCUAUGCUGAGUUGUUCUUAAAAGGAACAGUUCCUUACGGAUCCUGGUUCGAUUAUGUGCGAGCGUGGGAGGACGUGCGCAUGCGCCUGCCCAGUCACCGGAUAUACGUGGGUUGCUACGAAGACAUGCACCGAGAUCCGGUUGGGGAGGUCAGCCGACUCGCUGAGUUCCUUGAGGUAGGAGCCAGCCAAGACUUGUGUCGAGACAUAGCAUCGGCCUGCAGCUUCCAGAGGAUGAAGAUAGCUGCCGAAAAAAAACGUGGCGCGAAGGAAUCUCGGGAUUUCUGGAAGCCGAAUGCCACGGGCAUUUUCAGGAAAGGACAGGUUGGGGACUGGAAAAACUGGAUGACACAAGAGCUGAGUGAAGCGUUUGACCAGGAAUUUAACCAAAAAUUAGCCGACUUAACCCAUCUUCACUUCACUUUCGAGCUCUGAAGUAUUUUUGUAUUUCGUGUGAUUUUCACAACCUGGAAAUAUACUUAUAAUUUUAUUUACAUAUACCUUUCUUGUCCUUUGUUUGACUGGACUCCACAUGAAUGAUGUACAUAUAGCACUAGUCGUAUGAUCCAUAACUAGGGAUAUCUUUAGAAUACGCAAGUAUGUGUAGAUGCAUGCAUGCAUACAGAAAUAAUAUUGUGUUUAUUAAAUUGGUUUUCUGAAGUUCUCAUGUUUUCAGAAUUGCUGGUGAUUGGCCGCAAUUUCUUCUGUGAUAACCAAAAACAUAAACAUGAAAACC